AUGCUUCAGGAUGAGAAAACAAACGAAUGUUUCUGGUUAGAGGUUGAAAAUUCGCAAAAACUAGAAAUUAUUAAAGCAAGUCAAGUCAAACUUAAACGGAAAGUUGAUUUAAAAUCGAAAUUACGCUAUGAUAAUGAAGCUGAUGAAAGUGAAGCCGUCAGUGAUCAUGAAAGUGAAAAUAUUAUGGAAGGGAUCCGUGAAGAUAUCCGUGAAGAUGUCCGCAAAGGGAUCCGUGAAGAUGUCCGCAAAGAGAUCAGCGAAAAAAUCCGUGAAGGAAUCCGUAAUGAAAUCCGAGAUGAAAUUCGUGAAGAAAUGUACGAAAUCUGUAAAGAAAUUCGUAAAGAAAUUUGUAAAGAACUCCGUAGAGAAAUUCGUAAAAUCCGUGAAGCGCGAAAUACCAGUGAUAGAUCUUUGGUAGUACAAAAUCGUACACCCUUCAAGUUAUCAUCGUCAAAAAUUUUAGCACAAAAUCUACAUUCUUAA